AUGUCGUCUAGUGGCACCAUAAGUAACUAUUAUGUCGAUUCUCUCAUAGGCCAUGAAAGCGAAGAAGUUUACGGGAGUAGAUUCGUCCAGGGAGGUCACAGUGCAACCUCCAGGCCAUCAGGUGUUGCAGAGAGUUCAGAUUUUUCCUCCUGUAGCUUUGCACCAAAAUCCACCGUGUUCUCCACCUCCUGGUCCACGGUUCACCCUCAGCCGUCUGCGGCAAUGACCGGGAUCUACCACCCCUACAUGCACCAGCCCCACUUAGGGGCAGCCGACGCCGGCCGCUACGUGCGCUCCUGGAUUGAGCCCUUCCCGGGCUUCCCGGGCGGCGGCGGCGGCGGCGCGGACUUUUACCACCCGGCCGGGGGGAGCCCCACGGCCGCCUACCAGCCGCCUCCUCCUCCCCCCGCCGCGCCUCCGCCUCCUGCCCCCUGCAGCGGGGUUACCUGUCACGGGGAGCCCGCUAAAUUUUACGGAUACGAUAACUUACAGAGACAGCAGAUUUUUACGACACAGCAAGAGGCCGAGCUGGUACAAUAUCCUGACUGUAAAUCGUCCAGUGCUAAUAUUGGCGAGGAACCAGACCACUUAAAUCAGAGCUCGUCUCCUGCUCAAAUGUUUCCCUGGAUGAGACCACAAGCAGCGCCGGGUAGGAGGAGAGGAAGACAAACAUACAGCCGAUUCCAGACUCUAGAGCUGGAAAAGGAGUUCCUCUUUAACCCCUAUCUGACCAGGAAGAGGAGGAUUGAGGUGUCCCACGCACUAGGACUCACCGAAAGGCAGGUAAAGAUCUGGUUUCAGAACAGGAGGAUGAAAUGGAAAAAGGAGAACAACAAGGACAAAUUCCCCGCUUCCAGACAGGAGGGAAAGGAAGGGGAAGCCAAAAAGGAAGCACAUGAUCUGGAAGAAGACAGAGCUGAAGGCCAGACGAAUUAAAAUUUGCCCUAAAAGCCGUUGUGAAAAGCUACAAAAAAUAACCAGCUCCAUAGCCCAACAUCUCGGCCCGUCUCCCACUGUACGUGGUACUGCCGGGGGACGAGUGACCCCGUGUCCCUCCGCUUGACAUUUCUCUGCUUCGGGUGCUUCACUUGUUUGUGGUUUUGUUUUGUUUUGUUUUGUUUUGUUUUGUUUUGUUUUGUUUUGUUUUUUUAACCGUAUCCGGAA